AUAGCCAAGUGGGACUAUACUGCCCAGCAGGACCAGGAGCUUGACAUCAGGAAGAAUGAGCGGUUGUGGCUGCUGGAUGACUCCAAGACUUGGUGGCGGGGAGCAGUGACUUUUGAUGAUGUGCAAGUGAACUUCACUGAGGAAGAGUGGGAAUCGUUGGAUCCAUCCCAGAAGAAUCUCUACAAAAAUGCGAUGUUGGAGACCUUCCUAAACCUCAACGCUCUAGGCUCUAAUUGGGAAGACCAUGAUAUUGAAGAACAUUUUGAAAAUUCUAGAAGAUUUAAAAGCAUCUCCUCUGGCAGCCAGGAUCCUGGAGCUGGAACGACAGGGUGGGAGGAAUGGUUGGGCCCACUCAUGUGGGGAUCUCGCCAAGUCCUCCCAAACUGUGAUGUACAGCUGUUGGUCUGGAUGUGA